CCAGGCCGCCCUUGAGCUACCAGCCUACCACCGGGUUGUUUCAUUUCAUCCCGUUCGUCGCCGGCUCGCCGCCGGCCGGCCUCACGCCGCCCGCCCGCCUCUUCUCGCCGGGGUGAAGCGGUUAUUCCUCGACUCCGUUAACUGCCUUGCAACUGUGACAGCAAGCGCAAACUGCAACACAUUCACUCAGCAGUGGCCCCAGUAUUGCAGGCAGCGUGUCAACUGGCAGCAGCAGCGUUCACCUGGCAACAACACCAUAUUUCAGCCUUUCUGGUACUUAUUGGGUCAAGCCAACAAAAAAAAACCCAUAUAUAGUUAAAAGUGGGUAGCUUGGGUCAGGUCUUGGAUCAACCAAUCCCAACCCAUUUGCUAGGCUAGAUACAGGAUAAGGAGAUGAUGAGUCAAGAUCAGCCUUCCACCGAAGAUAGGUGUGGGAGAUUUUGGAAUGGGAUGGAAUUGCUCAAGGAUGUCACUGAAAAAAAGCAUCUCCUCCCUACUGGGCUUGAAGGCAUUGACACACUUCUUGGAGGUGGCCUGCGCCGAGGUCACUUGACAGAGGUUACUGGACCAUCAUCUUCCGGUAAAACACAGGUUUGUCUGCAUUCUGCUUCACUUGUUGCAGCCAAGCAUCUGGGGGUGGUUAUGUACUUGGAUACUAGUAACUCCUUCUCUCCUAGUCGCGUUGCUACCAUAAUUGAUGGGACUCCUGACCUAUUUGGUCAUAAAGCCAAAGGAUGUGAGAUUGAAGAUGUCAUGAGAAGCAUCAUCUGUGAGUCCGUGUUUGAUAUAUUUGCUUUGUUUGAAGUACUAAAUCAACUCGAAAUCUCUCUGUCGAAUGACAAGGUAAACAAUGGUGGUAGCAAAAUUUGCUUGCUUAUCAUUGACUCGAUAUCAUCCUUACUUGCUCCCAUCAUUGGAGGCAAAUAUCCGCAAGGGCGGUCGAUGAUGAUAUCAGUGGCAAUGAUUCUAAAGAAGUUAGCAGAUGAGCAUAACCUAUCUGUUCUGGUAACCAAUCAUAUGGUUUCUGCUGGCAAUGGAGCUGUCAAGCCUGCUCUUGGAGAGAGCUGGAAAGCUGUUCCACAUGUCCGCCUGGUGAUAUCUCGUGAAUGUAGGAGUAAUAUCUGCACUGCAACUGUGCUGAAGCACACACUACUGGCUUCUGGCAGUACUGUGAAAUUCACGGUACCCAGCUGAUCUCAGAGCUCAGAAUCGGAUAGACGGAUGAUUGAUGGUUCAGGACCCAAUGAACUUCACCCAUAGGGAACUUGAUAAGCUGAGGAGCUGGUGUACAUAUAUUUAUUACUCGGCUGUUGGAGUAGCCGCUGUAUUUUCUUUUUUGGCAACAAAUUGUAAAUGUAUUAUAUCUUUUGAAAAGCAUAUGCUUUCUUCCAUUAGUUAAAUGUAUUAUCUAUCUUUCUUUUGUCAACUUAUAUACCGAAUCCGAUGUACAUAUGGUGUCAAAAUGUGAGAUUGGCGUUAUUAUGUUAUCUUA